CUAGCUUUAGGUCCUCUCAUUCAUCAUGCCCUCCUUGGCUCUUUCAAGUGCAGAGGACAAGAACAAAGUCAGAAGGGCUUUGCCGACUGCUAAAAUAUAUGCAGCCACGGUAGCUCGCUUAUAUGUCGCUUAUCCGAAUCCUAACAAAUGGGCUUACGCCAACGUCUGGGGUGCCGUCGCAUUUCUCAAAGACAAAAAAAAGCAUGCUUUGUAUCUGCGUAUGGUAGAUUUGACGAAUCACAGAGGAGUCAUUUGGGAACAAGAAUUGUAUGAUGGGUUCGAAUUCAAAAUGGAGACGCCUUUCUUCUAUACGUUUGCUACCGAUGAAUACAUGGCAGGGUUAUCAUUUGCUGACACUACGGAUGCAUCUGUUUUCUAUACAAAAAUAACCACUCGAGAAUCUCUCCGACAAUCUAAAAACAAAAAAGGAACUAGCACUGCUAAGCAAAAAUCAAAAGGCAAGCUGGAUAAGACGCAAAUCGGUCUACCAUCCGAAUUCAGGCAUUUGGGACAUAUUGGCUACACGCCCGAAAAAGGGUUCAGUGUGCAGAACAAUGACCCUGAGUGGAAUGGCUUGUUUGAUCAAUUGCAAUCGCUUGGUAUUUCUGCCAAAGAAAUCCAUGAGAAUGAGGACUUUAUCAAAGAGUUCGUAAGUGAACGUGGCGGUCCGCCUCCACCUCCGCCUCGACCUUCUUCAGCAGCUAUUCGUAAAUCUCGUCCUCCUCCACCUCCGCCUCCUUCCCGACGAGCAGCUCCUCCUCCACCGCCUGUUGGUGGUCGUCGUCCGCCUCCACCUCCACCUCCACCUGCUGCAAGAAGAGCAGCACCACCUCCACCUCCACCUCUGGCUUCAUCUGCUGGAAGACGAAGUCUUGCACCGCCACGUCCUCCGCCUCCACCGCGCCCUGUUUCGUAUGCUUCGCGAAGCCCAUCGACUUCUUCGAGAACUGGAACGCCAUCUCUUCCUGGAAGACCAUCACCGCCAGCAGUCACUUCGCCUGUAUCCACGCCGCUAGUGUCUACUCCAACAGUACCCACUCCACCUAUUAUUCACAGAGAGACGCCGCAUUCGCCUAUUAAAUCGAAUAACCCCUACCGUCAGUCGAUGGGAAUGGAAUCUCCGGCAGCAUCUUCUCCGAUUGCACCCCCUUCGUUCAGAGCACCUUCGCCAGUGCCUGCUUCGCCGGUACCUGCUUCACCAGUGUCUCCGUCAUAUGAGGAAACGUAUGAUUAUCCGGAUAACGACACGCGAUCAUCCUCGCCUGAAUUUUACGAUGCAUCGGAGGCACCGAUUCCACCACCAUUACCACCUAUGCCUCAUUCAGGUCGUCCAACCCCGCCACUGCCGCCACCUAUUCCGAGUAGAGACAAAAGAGGUCCACCACCGUUGCCACCCGGUAGACCGACGCCAUCUAAUCCACCGCCAAAACCUGUUGAACAAGAGCCAUCUUAUGAUAAUGAGUCUUACAACCCUUACAUGUCAUCUGCAGCUCCUCCUCCGCCUCCACCACCUCCUCCACCUCCACCAGUUGGAGGUGCACCCCCACCUCCACCUCCACCGCCGCCGCCUCCACCAGUAGGUGGUGCACCUCCUCCACCUCCACCUCCAUUUGCACCAUCGCCUGCAAUGUCCGGUUCACCUAUGCCCGUUGCAUCAGGUAAUGGUGAACGUGGUGCCUUGCUGGAAUCCAUUCGAAACGCAGGAGGUAUCCAUUCUUUGAAGAGCAUACCUAAAGAAGCCCGAAGAGAUCGCAGCGGCCCGGCCACAGGUGGCGCGAAUGCCGCUGCUGCUGUAGCUGGAGGUGCUGCUGCUGGUGCAGCAGGCGGCAAUGACUUGACCACCAGUUUAUUAGCAGCCUUGCAAGAUCGUAAAAAAGCCAUCCAGUCCGAUGAUGAGGAUGAUAGUGACGAUGAGGACGAUUGGGAUGACGAUUUGUAGUUUCAACCGUUGUCUGUUUAGUUUCUGGAUAAUCGUAUUUUUCGAAUAAAUAGAUGCUCCAGUCUUUUUUUUAAUGUCA